UCUAAAAACUUGCCAAAAUAGUAAAAAAAGAACACAAAAACCUCUUUCUAUCUCUCCCUCUCAUUUGUAUUAGCAGGUGACCAUUCGUGUAGUUCCCUUGAUAACUUUUUUUCGUAGUUUCUCCUUUAGGAGAGAGAUUGACAUCAUCUUGAGUUCCUCUCUCUCUUCUCUUGUUGCGGGUAUUUUUCCGGGCAUAUUUCUCUGCAUUUCUUUACAUAUCUGUAUCUCUAUUUUGCAGCAUGAAGAAGGUUUGUUCGCCGUACUUUGAUCCUGAUUUUGAUGAUCUGCCAGAGAGGAUCUAUGGACCACCUUGUCGAGUUUGCAUUGACAAUGACAGCAUGGAAGAUUCUACUAUUGUUAAGGUGGAUAGCGUAAACAAGCAAGGCCUUCUCCUAGAGGUGGUGCAAGUUUUAACAGACAUGAACCUCACCAUCUCCAAGAGCUACAUUUCUUCUGAUGCCGGAUGGUUCAUGGAUGUUUUUCACGUUAAAGACGAACAUGGAAACAAACUCACUGAUCAAAGAGUUAUCAACACAAUCCAGCAGGCCAUAGGAACUAAGAAAGUAAGCCCAAGAUCGGCCCAACCCAAACUCUACUCCAACGAGGCCCAUUACGGGUCCGAGCACUCAACAGACCACAGUACCGCCAUCGAAAUGAGCGGAACAGACCGGCCCGGCCUUUUCUCAGAGAUAUCCGCAGCACUGGUGGACCUUCACUGCAACAUCGUGGAGGCCCACGCUUGGAGCCACAACGCCCGCCUCGCUUGCGUGGCCCACAUUUCGGACGAAUCCACCGACACGCCAAUCGACGACCCUAACCGGCUCGCCACAAUCGAGGACCACCUCGCAACCGUCCUCCGCGCCACCACCGCCGUGAGUUGGAGUGGGACCGGCACUGACAACCAAGAAGUGAAGACUGGGGAGUUUCUUGGAGGGGAAAGCACUAUGACGAAUGUGGAACGGCGUUUGCAUCGAUUGAUGGUUUCGGUUAGCGAUUUUGAGGAGUCUCCCGGGGAGAUAGAAGGGGAUUUGAAUUCUUCGGGGUUUAAUGUCGAUGGUGGUUGUGAUGAUCAGGAAGGGAAGAGGACUGUGGUUUCAGUAGAGAGUUGUGAUGAGAAAGGGUAUUGGAUUGUGAGUAUUGAAUGUAAAGAUAGGCGGAGGCUCAUGUUUGAUACUGUUUGUACACUCACUGAUAUGCAGUAUGUCAUCUUCCAUGCUUCAAUCGGUACUCGUGAUGGUUACGCAUUUCAGGAGUACUUUAUCAGACAUAUAGAUGGGUACGCCAUGAAUACAGAAAGCGAAAAGGAGAGAGUGAUAAAAUGCUUAGAGGCUGCUAUUGAACGGCGAGUUUGUGAGGGGGUGAAGAUAGAACUAUGUGCAGAAAAUAGAGUAGGACUACUCUCGGACAUAACUAGGGUUCUACGAGAGAAUGGACUUGCGGUUGUUAGGGCCGAUGUUGCUACUAAGGGAGAGAAGGCAGUGAAUGCUUUUUAUGUGAGGGACAUCUCAGGGAAUGAAGUAGACAUGGAAUUUGUUGAGUCAAUGAAGAGAGAAAUGGGUCCAAUAAAACUAGCAGUCAAGAAUGUCGACACCACCACCAGACCAAGCUCACCGGAAAGGUCACGUUUCUCAAUCGGAGACAUGCUCAAAACCCAGAUUGAACGUCUGUCCCAGAAGGUUAUUCCGAUCAAGUGAUCAUUGCUGCGAAUUCAUGUAUAUAUGAUAGUUGUCAUUUCUUGGAUUAGGAUUGUGUGCAGAUUUAAGAUCCAGUUGUUGAUUCAUUUCUAGCUAGCUAGGGUUUGUAAAUAACAGCUAUGCAAAACUCUACGGUUGCUACUACCACUAGAGUCAAAUCCUCUGUAAAUAUAUACUCAUAUCUAUUGAAGUCUUAGAUUAAUCAUC